GACACAGGGCCGAUCGGGUCAGAUAAGAACUGGAAGGGCAUCGGGAUCUCUCUGCUGGUCAUCGCGGGGGUGCUCUCUCUCAUCGGGCUCUCCAUCGUUCUGCUGUCUAAUGAUGAUGCUGGUAAACCUUUUGGUUCAGAGCUGACACUGGAUGACCUGUUUCAAAGAGACUUCCAGUUACAUGAUCCUGAUGCCAAGUGGAUCAGUGAUGAGGAAAUCAUCUUCCGGAGCUGGGAUGGAGACAUCAUGAAAGCCAACACACAGAGCAACGAGACCCAGCUGCUGCUGAAGAACACAACGUUUGCAACUUUUAAGGCCUCAACGUUUGCAGUUUCUCCAGAUCUAAACUUUGUUCUUCUGGGAUAUGAUGUCAAGCAGGUCUACCAGCACUCUUUUUCUGCAUCGUACCUGAUCUACAACCUGUACACAAGAGAGGUGCGGGAGCUGAAUCCCCCGGAGGUGUCGGACUCCGUCCUGCAGUUCGCCUCGUGGGGCGUUCAGGGUCAGCAGCUGUUAUACAUAUUUGAAAACAACAUCUACUACCAGGCGGAUGUUCAGAGCAGCUCAUGGAGGCUCACGUCUUCAGGGCAGGAGGGGGUGAUCUUCAACGGCAUCACUGACUGGCUCUACGAAGAGGAGGUGUUGCUCUCUCAGGCAGCCCACUGGUGGUCUCCAGACAGCUCCAGACUGGCCUACCUCACCAUCAACGACUCCCUGGUUCCCAACAUGCUGCUGCCCCGCUUCACAGGGUCGCUCUACCCCAGGGGGGUGGAGUACCCUUACCCAAAGAUGGGACAAAUCAACCCCACUGUCAGACUGUAUGUGGUCACUCUGGACGGCAGCUCCCUGACUACUGAGCUGAGACCUCCUGACAGCUUUGACAAGAGGCACUUGGUCAGACUUCCCUAUAUCGAUCGCAACAGAGUUGGAGUAUAUGGAAAGGCGUACGGAGGGUAUCUGUCCUCCCUCCUGCUCCUCUCACACAGCUCCAUGUUCCAGUGUGGCAUCGCUGUGGCUCCCAUCACCAACUGGAGACUCUACGGGUCGGCCCACACUGAGAAAUACUUUGGCUUCCCAGCGACAGACGAUCACAAAUACCAAAUCUCCAGUCUGCUCAGAAACAGCACAGCAUCGAGCCCUCUGAACUUUCUGAUCAUCCACGGCACAGCAGAUGCCACCGUUCAUUUCCAGCAUUCUGCUGAGCUGGUCAAACUGCUGUCAGUGUUAAAUGUGAACUACACUCUCCAGAUUUUCCCAGAUGAAGGCCACAGCAUGGCCUCCAGCAGGAGCCAACACUACCUGCUGAACUCGGUGCUCACCUUCUUCAGGCGCUGCUUCAAGGAGAAGCAGGUCGUCGUCGUCCCGCAGAUGUCCAAAGAGUAUGACUAACGUCCUGUGAAGAGACAGGUUCAGCGAGCUGCACGAGACUGACGGGCUGUCAGGAGAGGGAGAGGAAAAGAGAGCACCCCGUUUGUUUUCCCAUGUUAUUAUCCAGAAUUACUGUAAACCUUUGAAUAAAGUAGUUCAUCUACUAUUAGUAGUUUGUUUAAAUGCAUUACUUAUGUUGUUUUUUUCAUUAACAUAAACUAAAUCUCACGUACCCCCUGCAGUACUCCAAUGUACCCCUAGGGGUCCGCGUACCCCCAUUUGAGAACCACUGCUUUAGAUUGUACUUACUGUUUGUAAUGUUUGAGCCAUGUACUGAGUGCAAAUGUCAGGGAAUCAAAGAAACGUGUAUAUUUCUAUUUUAAAAUAUUAUUUUGGCUGACUGCUGUAACUACUAACUACUGUGACUAUUUGUUUUCACUGCAAACAAAAGACUUCACUUGGGGGGCCAUAUCACAACAAAAUGUGCAGGUGCCUUUACAUCUUUCCACCUUUCAUGUAUAAUCAAAUAAUGAAUGAUGGAUUACCAGAGCAUCUGUUUCUUCAGUAACAGUUGAAUGAUUCCUUUUAAGACUAAAAAACAAUUGCCAUUUGGUGGUUUUCAUCACUUUCAGGGAAACAUUGUGAAACUUCUCUCUUUUGGGAAUAAAUUGUAAUUUCUCUGAGGAAAGGUGGGGUGAUUUAACAAUAACUGCACUUUGAAGUGAUUAAAAACCUGUCUGGAUUCAGUCAUAUGAAAAGCCAUAUCACCCUGCUUAUCAACUCGCUGAUUCUUCACUUAGUUAUGUGGUAUAAGCUGUGUGAACGGUAUCCUCUUGAGUUGAGAGCAGUGUUGUGUGAAAAUUGCUAAUCUCAUAAAUUAAAGCAUGCUAACGCUGACAUUUACAGGAACCAAUAGGAUGACAGAAAAAACUGGAACCGGUUCACAGUAUUUUCUGCUGGCAAAGCUUCAAACAAACGAACAAACUAGAACAUGACCUCCUUGUUCAAGGUUAUAAAAGUCAGUAAACCUUAUCACACUGGCAGGUCCUGCUGUUUCAGUAGUUGGAGCCCGAAUGUUGUUUUUUAGCCAUUAUGUGUUCAUAUUUGAGUAUAUUGGCACCAUUAGAGGUAUGGCGAAACAGCUUUUGGCUUUAGUUAUUUUUACAAUGUAAGUAUGUGGAUUCUUCUGAAAACUUCCUCUACACGUUCUGAAGCGCCUUUUUUCUUUCAUUUCUAUGAAGAUUUUCUCAGCUAAUUUUCAAAGAGCGUUGAGCUUUGUUACUCAGAUUCAUGCAGUAUAUUUGGUUCUCUUUCAACUGUUACGAGCUUCACUGUGGAGGCUUUGGUCUUUCUCCUUGUCCUGCUUUAUGUCCAUGUUUGCUACAUAUAUUAAAUCAUAUUAGCCUUUAUGCAUAUCAGAUCAGAAACGUCAUUGCAGUCACACAGAAUGUCUCAUGGAUAAGUCCACUCAAUAUGCACUAUUGUUCCACAAUAACAGUUCUUUUGAGUGUAAAUGAGCGACUGGAUUCUUCACUGUUAAAUAUCCAAGAAUGUGAAAGUAAGAAGUAAGAAGAGAUUUAAAAGGUCACAAACGUGUUAAUAUUAAAUGUAUUCUGUACAGAGUGCUUCACCAGACUUUUCUCAGCCCACACUGAGAAAACUGAAAUGUCAACUUAAAUUAAAUGUAUUAUGCUAUAUGCGGUUAGGUGAAAGCAAUAAUAUGAAGUGGUUAUAUAAAAUUAUUUAAUUAAAGUCAACGUUUCAGUUUUUUCAGCACAGAUCAUUUCCUGACCAUGAUCCUGUGCUGCGUACACCUCUGCACUUGCUUGAUUCUGUCCUAUAUUCUGACAUUUGUGUAUU